CUUCUCCGACGCUCUUUCAACUGCCACUUUUCGAUUUGCUCGCUGCCGCUCAGAUCAUCAUGACGUUCACGCUGCCGGAACUCAAGUACGAAUACAACUCGCUGGAGCCGUUCGUGGACACCCAAACCAUGAACAUCCACCACACCAAGCACCACCAAGCGUACAUCAACAACAUCAACAACUACAUUAACACGGCCCAAGGUGAGGAAUUGAAGACCAAGUCCAUCUUGGAAGUCGUCAAGACUGCGACCGCCCCUGCUGUCCGCAACAACGGCGGUGGACACUACAACCACAGUUUGUUCUGGACGUGGAUGGCCGCCCCCGGCUCCACCAACACGGCCCCUCAUGGUAACUUGAAGGCCCGCAUCGAACAAGAUUUCGGAUCCGUGGACCAGUUGAAGGAAAAGUUCAACGCUGCCGCGUCCACCCGCUUUGGCUCUGGCUGGGCGUGGUUGGGCGUGCGUGCCGACGGUACCCUCGGCAUCACCUCCACCCCCAACCAAGACAACCCGUUGAUGCCCAACACGGAAGACCCCAUGAUUCCCAUCCUUGGGUUGGAUGUGUGGGAACAUGCGUACUACUUGAAGUACCAAAACCGCCGCCCCGAGUACAUCUCUGCGUUCUGGAACGUGGCCAACUGGGACAAGGUCGUGGAAUACUAUGACCAAUUCGCUUCCAAGGGCGAAGCCGUGCCCGUCUGAGGCGCGGAUCCCAAGUUGCUUGUGUCGUCGUUGUGAUGAUCAUGUAGCUAGCUUUCUUGAAAAUUGCUGUUUGAAUACGUAUGCCCCAUGGGUCUCUUUGCUACAUAUACACGCCGGAAGUUGGAACCAACCAGUUGGG